UUCCAAUCCAAGACCCCUCAGUCGAUUCUUCUUCGGAAAAGCAACAUUGCAGCAUCUUGCAUCAGCCCACCAUGUCUGAAGAGCAUCCGGUACUAAAGCCGAAAAAGCGGAAUUCUGCCGAUGCUGAGAGUGUCGCUGAUACACCUGCUCCAAGGAGUAAGAGGGGGAAAUACACCUCUGUUGCUUGUGAUGAUUGUAAGAAAAAGAAACUCAAGUGUAUUCCCUCUGAGGAUAAUACGUGUGAGAGAUGUAUCGCCGGUGGUUUGACGUGUACCUUUGCCACGAGUACACAAGCUACCAAAGAAAAACCUGAUGAAAAUCAGAAUAUUCAAGCUCUAAAUCAUCAAUUAUCAGAGCUUCGUCAACAAAUGUCAGAUUUAGUCGGUGUCGUCCGGGAACUCAAAGACCAGAACCAGAACCAAAACCAUCCCCAAGAUGCAUCAACCGUAUCAUCACACAACAUCGUAACCCACUCACCAGCAAGCACUCACCGCGGCGAAAUGCCCAAACAGCCCCAAUUCGUGGGUCCAACGCGUUCAGCCUUUGGUAUCCUCGUCAGCGAACGCUCCCUAAAUCGCAUGGGCGUUCCAAAGUUCGAUUCAAUGCCGCCUAGCGGUGCCCAAUCACCUUCUGAACCAGUCCUCGAUUCUAUUAACGAUUUGAGUUUCUGGCACUGCUGUACGGCGAGUGACAUUACCACUUAUCUUGUUAAUUUCCAGGAAGAGGUUGAAUCUGUGUAUCCGUUUAUUGAUAUUGCAGAGUAUAUUGCUCAGUCGAAGGAGAUAUUGCAGGCGAUUCGUGGUGGGGGAUUGGGGUUUGAGGAUGAGGCGAAGUUGAGUAGUAAGGAUAUUGAUAUUGCAAAGGUGGCGAUAUCAACGGGGAUUUUGUUGGAGGAGCCGAGUAAGCUUGAGUUGGCUACUGCGAUAGUAGACUCGGUGCAGACGAAUGUGUCGAGCAUUCUAAGUCCACAAGUCGACCUUAAAGAAGUUCAACUCUUAGCCAUGCUGAGCAUAUACUACUUCCACGCAGGCGAAGAACUAUUAGCAUGGCGCUCCAUCGGCAUAGCAGCACGCCAAGCUUUAGAAAUGGGCCUCCAUCGAAAAAGGAGUCUUUUGGAUAACUUCAAAGACACUGAUUCUCGACGAUUAGCUACACGCGUGUUUUGGUGUGUCUACGUCCUUGAUCGGCGAUGGAGUUUUGGAACGAGUUUAUCGUUUGCACUCGUUGAUAAGGAUGUUGAUCCAGAGUUACCAAAGCCGGAUGAGGAAUAUCUGUAUUUGCAGUGUAUGGUUGGAUAUGGUCAACUAUGCUCUAAAAUCUGGGAAGCUAUUCCGCCUUUUGGAUCAGCGUCUCAAACUAUUCCUGACGAUACAGCUGCUGUUCUUGAUUUACGAACUCAAGAUUGGCUUGAUUCAAUCCCACCUCAUCUCCGACUCCGUCAUCCUCGUCUUGGUCUUGCACCACGAGCGCAACCAAGACUCCCACAUCGUCUCCGUGCAUUAUUAUACCUCCGAGGAAACUACGCUCGUAUCCUUAUUUAUCGACAUCAUUUGAUGAGUACGGCUAGCAUAGCCGCAAAUCCGCAGAAUGCAUGGUUGGUAGUGGACAUAGCACAGGAUACUAUUCAAGUCCUGGUUCAUCUCCACGCUACAACGGAUAUCUACAAACGACAGCAGAACGUCUUCAACUACUUUCUGCUCAGUGCUUUGGCAGUUAUCUUCCUAGCUGUGUGUCACGCCCCAGAGAUUUUCUCCCUGCCGUGUAAACGCACAUUCUCAGAUGGCGUUGAAUUGGUCAGAGGCUUAUCUCGACACAACAUUGUCAGCAAAAGACUUUGGAAGAGUAUUCGCGGCAUGAUACCCCGAAUGAACACCUUUGGUUUUCCUCAAAACGGUGAAGAUGGUGAGGCGCGGAAAGACGAUGAAAAUGGCCAAAAUGGAACGACAAACGAUCAGAACGCUCCGCAGGUUGAGGUCAACACGGAAGACCAAGUUCCCAUGGCAAUGCCCGAAAACGAAUCUUUCUCUUUCGGCGAUAUGAUGUUUGGCGACACAGACGUGGCAAACUCCGUACCCGAUAUGUUCCAAAUGAGCGAAUCUCUCCUAAACCUCUUCAACGCCUUUGGCGAGGGACAGCAAUUCCUAAAUCCUGUCCCAAGUACGUUCAGCGAAGAGGGAGAAUACGCUAUGGCUGCGGAGCAAGGGAAGGAUAUAUCCAUGAGAUUCCAAGGUUUAAUAUGAGAAAAUCUUAUUCU